GCGCCCGAAUCCUAAAGCGCAGCACAUCAGUCCAGAAGCCGCAACCCGCAGGACAGGUCGGCAGAAAGCUCGACCUCUCGCCGACGGCGACAUCCGGCGGCGGCGGCGGCGGAGGAGGAGGACAGGAUGGUGGCCGAGGGAAAGAGGUGGCGGUUCGCAAUGGUGUGCUCCUCGAACAUGAACCGGAGCAUGGAGGCGCACUCGCAGCUGGGCCGCGCGGGGCUCGACGUCGAGUCCUACGGCACGGGCACCCACGUCAAGCUCCCCGGUCCCUCCCUCCAUGAGCCCAACGUCUACGACUUCGGCACCCCCUACGGCGCCAUCUACGACGACCUCCGCCGCAAGGACCCCGACCUGUACAAGAGGAAUGGAUUGCUGCCUAUGUUGAAGAGGAACACCUCGGUGAAGCUGGCGCCUCAGCGGUGGCAGGACAAUGCCGGUGAUGGGGUGUUUGAUAUGAUAAUGACCUUUGAGGAGAGGGUCUUCGACUUGGUUGUUGAAGAUAUGAGUAACCGCGAACCAAGGCUGAUGAAGUGUGUACUGAUAAUAAAUAUGGAUGUCAAAGAUAACCAUGAAGAAGCUGGUGUUGGGGCAAAGCUUGCUGUAGAGUUGUGCCAGAAGCUUGAAGCAAUUGAUGGUGACUGGGAGGACAUAAUUGAUGACCUGAUUACUGCAUUUGAGAAGCAGCACAAGCGGAGGCUUGCAUACAGCAUUUCAUUCUACUAACUUGUAUAGUCCCCUGUGCGGACAGAGGUUGCAGUGGAUGGUUGGUAACUUGGCAUUGUAGUAAGCAACUGCACAGGAGUGAAGCAUCAAUGUUGUGGCAGUGUUGCUUAAAUUCUUCCACGUUGACAUUUGCAAAAACGGGAGAUUUGUGGAGCUUAUAUAACCUAAGAAGAAAUAACUUGCUCGUGCUAGCUGUUUUUUAUUGCUUCACUGAUGCUGGACAGUAAAGAUGGCGAUGUUGCAUCAAUGCCAUCAUCUCAAGCUCAUGCCACAUACAAGUUGUAAUAUUGUUCAGUUUAGAGUAAUGAAUCUAUGCCAGUGGAUAUGUGGGUGCUGUUUGUUGUU